AUGGCGGUAGCAACGUACUGUUUUAAAGCCAUCAAACGUAUAGGCUUAUUUAUGGUAAUAGUUCUUGUAACUACCCUCGCUCUGUUCUUAAUAGAUCAAGAGGAAGAAGAUGACUUUUAUGAAGUAACAACAAAGGGAAAAACAGAAAUGUAUAAGAGGACAAACUAUAAUACAAAAUAUAUACUUCUGUGGACGGAUUCAAGAGCAUCGCCUUUUAACUACUUAGGUCGCGGUUCGUAUACAUUUAGAGAGAAAUCCUGCAAAUAUACGAACUGCUUCGUGACUGGAAAUAGACAGGAGUUGGGAGAUAUAUCUUUGUUCGAUGUAGUUUUAUUCAACGGACCUCAAUUAACAAAAAUCUUGAAAAUGGAUGAUUUACCAAACAGUCGUUCUCCGAGUCAAAAAUACGUAUAUGCUAAUAUAGAAUCCGCGCAGAAUUAUCCGUUAUGUAACUUCAAUGGAUUUUUCAACUUGACUUGGACUUAUAGAUUAGACUCGGACAUCAACUGGGGUUAUUUUGUCGUUAAGAACAAGACUGGACAUGUGGUGGCACCAAAAAUGGAUGCCACUUGGGAGAAAUUGGAAAAUAUGGAGGGUGUUAGCAAAAAAUUUAAAAAAACAUUGAGAAAUAAGACGAAAGCGGUAGCGUGGUUCGCGACGAACUGUCAUACGAAGAGCCGUAGAGAAUAUAUUGUGGAGGAAGUAAGAAACUAUUUAAAGAAUUACAGUUUGAGUGUAGAUAUAUAUGGCGUAUGUGGGACCUUGCAGUGCCCCUCUUUUAUAAACGAGAGAUGUCUGCGUUUAUUGGAGGAAGAGUAUUACUUUUAUUUCGCUUUCGAGAAAUCAUUUAGCAAAGAUUACGUGACGGAAAAAGUGUUGACCGCUUAUAAACAUAAUACGGUGCCUGUCGUGUAUGGAGGAGCGGAUUACUCGAGGUUUCUUCCGCCGGGCUCGUACCUCAACGCGCGCGAGCUAGGCCCAGCCAAGCUAGCCGAGACCAUCGCCUACCUGGUAAAGCACCCAGAGGAAUACUACUCAUACUUCAGAUGGCAGAAUCACUACAGCUUCGAGUCCCGACACUCGAACCCGGAGACGGAUGACUACUGUAAAUUCUGUGCGGUGUUGAAUGAGAAUGAGUACCAACAUUACGCCGCGCACGGCGACUUGAAACAAUGGUGGAACGGGAACUACAGUUGUGAUCAGACGAAACAUUAA